GAACUCACAAAGGUUCGCCUGCCUCUGCCUCCCGAGUGCUGGGAUUAAAGGCGUGCACCACCACUGCCCAGCAAUUCUUGGCAUUCUUAAUUCAUUCUCCACUCAGUAGUUAAGAAGAACUCUUUAACUGUUCGUUCUUAUCAAGCCAUUCCUUGCUCAGAAGUCUCUAGUGCCUUCCCACUGCUUUUUAUAACAGCCUCCCUCAUAUGGCCUUGGUGGGUCUACACCACUCGACUGUACAACCUUCUCAACCAUGGGAAUCAAUGCUUCCUCAGUUUUUUCUUUUCUAGCCAUACUGUCCUUUUUUGUGCUGCAAACUAGCCAUGCUUCUUUCAUCCUCAGGGUCUCGGCACAAUUUCUUCCUCUGCCUUAGAAUUCUUCCCUGGUCUGCACGCUCCCUCAGCCUGUUUCCUCCAGCUAUUAAUGCCUUAUUCUUUAGAUGUAAUUUAAAAUAUCUCUUACCUAGAAAAAGCUUGCCUUGCUACUCUAGGUUGAAACCCCUGGUUAUUUCUAUUGUUUUACAUUUCUCCUUCUUAGCAGUUAUCACAAUCUGAAUGCUCUGUGGUACGUUUCAUUAAUUUUAUCUUUAUUACUGGCAUAGAUAAUACGUCCAUAUAGUGUAAAAUUAAAGUUGUAAAAAGUCUACCUCUGUUCUUUGCAUCCCUGCUACCCGGUUCUUUUCUUUAGAGUAACCACUUUUAGUAUCUGAAUAUCCUUCCAGAAAUAUUUUCUAAUAAAGAACUGUGUACAUAUUAUUCUUUAUUUCUGCUUUCUCUUAUUAACUUAAGUACUAUAUUGCAGUUUUGCAUGUUGUCAUUAUCUGUUAGUGUACGUUGGCAUUUCUUACCAUGUAAAUAGUUGGCUCUUUUCAUAUGCCACAUAACAUGAACCUCUUAUAGUUUAUUUAAUUUCUACUGUUGGAUAUUUAGGUUGUUUUUUCAGGCUUUGGUUUAUUCCAAACAAUGAUGCAUUGGAUACCUUUGUAUGUAAAGCCAUGUUUCAUGUCUAUACGUAUAGAAUAAAUUCCUAUAAUUGAAACAAUUGGGUUAAAGGGUAUGUGUAUUUUUAAUUUUGGUAGUUGUUGCUAAGCUGCUCUUAUCGGAAGCUUAACCAAUUCGUUUCCACUGAUGAUGAAGAAAGCAUGUUUUCUUCACAAAUAUGUCAGUGAAAAUUUUUGUUAACAUAAGAGGUAGAUCAAAUCUCUUGGAAAUAUAAGUUUGCAUUAUUUCUCUUGCUGGCAGUUUUAUUUUCGUAUGUUUAGGCGCUACUUGUAUUUAUUGAGUGAACUGUUUCUUCAUAAACUUCGCUUCGUUAUCUAAUAUCGGACUGACAUGCUACACUCUAAAGUCGCAGACCGGGGCAGAGAUCAUGUCUGACCUCCGGCUGCGCGUUCCUUCACCCUUUCCUUCCGAGCUAUGCCAUCUGUGGCCGCCCCCAACUCUGGAGACUCCACGAGUUUACCAACCUCACGGCCGCUGCCUUCCACUACAUCCUUCCUGGCUCCCCGUCUUCCUUCUUCCUUCCCGGACUUACGACUUCCGGUUCUGCUUGCUGUCCGGGAAACGGUUGGCUUCCGGUCGCGCAGCGGUGGGCGGAGCCAAGAUGGCUGAGGAGAAACUUAGGAUGAAAACUCAGGUUCCUGAAUCUCAAAAACCCAGACCAAAAAAAGCUGUAGAGUUUCCUAUUGUGGAGAAACAGAACUGGUUGAUCCAUCUCCACUAUAUCCGGAAGGAUUAUGAAGCAUGCAAGGCUGUGAUCAAAGAACAGCUUCAGGAGACUCAGGGGUUAUGUGAAUAUGCUAUCUAUGUCCAAGCACUGAUUUUACGCCUGGAAGGAAAUAUCCAAGAAUCCCUAGAACUCUUUCAGACGUGUGCUGUUCUCAGCCCUCAGAGUGCUGAUAAUCUCAAGCAGGUGGCCAGAUCUUUAUUUCUUCUGGGAAAACAUAAAGCCGCCACUGAAGUAUAUAAUGAAGCAGCUAAACUUAACCAGAAAGACUGGGAGAUCUGCCAUAACCUGGGAGUGUGCUAUACUUAUCUAAAGCAGUUCAACAAGGCACAAGACCAAUUGCACAGUGCCCUCCAGCUUAACAAGCAUGACCUGACUUACAUAAUGCUGGGGAAGAUCCACUUACUGGAGGGAGACCUGGACAAAGCCAUUGAGAUCUACAAGAAAGCAGUCGAGUUCUCACCAGAAAAUACAGACCUUCUUACAACUUUAGGAUUACUCUACUUACAGCUUGGUGUUUACCAGAAGGCAUUUGAACACCUUGGGAAUGCACUGACCUAUGACCCCGCCAACUACAAGGCCAUCUUGGCAGCAGGCAGCAUGAUGCAAACCCAUGGGGAUUUUGAUGUUGCCCUCACCAAAUACAGAGUUGUAGCUUGUGCUAUUCCAGAAAGUCCUCCACUUUGGAAUAACAUUGGAAUGUGUUUCUUUGGCAAGAAGAAAUAUGUGGCAGCUAUCAGCUGCCUAAAACGAGCCAAUUACUUGGCACCCUUCGAUUGGAAGAUUCUGUACAAUCUGGGCCUUGUCCAUUUGACUAUGCAGCAGUAUGCAUCAGCAUUCCAUUUUCUCAGUGCAGCUAUCAACUUCCAGCCAAAGAUGGGGGAACUCUACAUGCUCUUGGCUGUGGCUCUGACCAAUCUGGAAGAUACAGAAAAUGCCAAGAGAGCUUAUGCAGAAGCUGUCCGCCUGGAUAAGUCUAACCCUUUAGUAAACCUGAACUAUGCUGUGCUGCUGUAUAACCAGGGUGAGAAAAAGGGUGCCCUGGCUCAGUACCAGGAGAUGGAGAAGAAGGUCAACUUUCUCAAGGACAACAGUCCUCUGGAAUUUGACUCUGAGAUGGUAGAGAUGGCUCAGAAGUUGGGAGCUGCCCUCCAGGUUGGAGAAGCACUGGUCUGGACCAAACCAGUCAAAGAUCCCAAGUCAAAGCACCGGACCAAUUCAGCUAGCAAAUCUGCUGCUCUCCAGAAGACUCUCGGCACCUUUCAAGCUCUAGGAGAGGCGAUGGCUUCAGCAGCUGCAUACAGGAAACUCCCUUCAGGUGCUGUAGGAGCCCAGCUCACAAAGCCACCAUCACUUCCACUGGAGCCAGAGCCAGAGCCCACCGUGGAGGCAAGUCCAACAGAAGCAUCAGAACAAAAGAAAGAAAAAUAGCAACAAACACGAGAAAAACAGGAUGACCCUGGAGUAGGGGGUCUCUUAGGUGAGACCACAUAGAAGAUGGUCAUAUGACCCAGGCAGAUGGAGGCCAGCCCUGUUCCCUGGAUGGACACUGUAGAAUUAAAACAGAACCCAGGGUGCAUUGUGAUGAUCAGGAGGAGCCUAAGGCCCAUGCAGCUCUUGGCUGGCCCCAUCAUCCAGGAAUGAGGAAGAAGACAUGCUAGAUAGGCUUGAGGCCCUGCACGUUUAGCUCCAAGACUCAGCAAGGCAAAUGAUCAAAGACUAUCACUCGAUGAAGGACUUUUAUUUUGAUAAAGGGGAAGGGACCUCUGCUCAGUAGCCUGUGGUAAUGAAGCCUCAUUCUAACUGGACUGUGGGAACACAUCAAUCCCUACUGUAACACAAACCUUGAAUUGAGAACCUAGUUAAACAGGAUCCCCUCCCUUCUUUUAGAUUAAGUUGAGACCCAAUCUGGAAUAUAGCCUAGCUAUAUUUGCUCAGAGAAUCUAAAACAAGUCUUUAUUUUUAUUCUUAAAAGAGGUUAGUCUGGAGCCAGAUCAUGUCAGUAUAAGUAGGAGUCAAGGCUGGUCUGGAAUUGGCACCAAGGAUUUAAAGAAAAGGGUGUAGGUAGGGUGACUGAGGACAGAGAUCAGUUGCUAGAGUACUUGCUCAGCUUGCACAAGGCCCUGGGUUCGAUCCCCAGUACAGCUGAAAGAACAAAGCUCUUAGCCAAGGAAUUUUAACCAAGACAAUCAAUGAUGAAUGCUGACAGAUGCCCUCCUGGCCCAUUAGCGGCCUCUGUAAAGAUUAUGGACCACCAAGAGGUCGCAUUAAAAGCUUUUUUUAAAAAAAACAAAAAAAAAAAAAAAAAAA